AUGGCCUUUUACGCAGCAGCUCUCGCCUCGACAUCCUUAACAACGGUUCCUCUCCGAGGUACUGCUGCCAUUGCCAUUGCCACAAACAUCCAGGAUUCACGGCAGCUUGUUUCGGAGGGGAAUCCCUCCCCGGUAAGUACUCGUUUACGCUUCUCAAUUCUGCUGCUGACGCUUCCAACAUGAACGAUAGGUCGAAGAAUCUCCACCGGCUCCCGGCGCGGGUCCAAGGUUUUCCGUCCAACUCUAUUUUCGUUUCCUCUUUUCUUUUUUUUUGGGGGGGGGUUGAGAUACUAAACCCUAGCUCAUCUUUUUUCACUCAUGCUCGAGAACUUGUGUUUGUCGUUAAUGGCGUUAGGUGGGGAGAUGCCGUACACGUAUUACUGCUCAACUGGAGCUGAAGGCUCCUCCAUACUCCCUGGUGUGGCUCGGACUCGAACCUCCUGCGAUUGUCUUUGACGUCUGCCUUUCUUAUGCCUAUCCCUCUGUUCGUCGUCCCUAGGAUGCCCUAGAGCCGUACAUGAGCAGGGAGACGCUCGAGUACCACUGGGGGAAGCAUCACAGGGGCUAUGUAGAUAAUCUCAACAAGCAAAUAUCUGGGACGGAUCUGGACGGCUUGGCUCUCGAAGAAAUUGUUGUCAGAUCGUACAACGGGGGAAAUCCUCUGCCCACCUUCAACAAUGCUGCCCAGGUCCGUCCUCCCCUUCUGAUCUCUAUCUUCAACAAUGGCUCGCCAUAUACUGAUUCGUUAAGCCUUUCGUUCUUGCACGCGCACACGCCCACGCACACACACUGAACUGGGUUCAACUUUUCUUGAUAUAAAAUGCAUCUUUUCACCCCCGCCCCCAAAACACUGCAGAUCUGGAAUCAUGAUUUUUUCUGGAGCUCCAUGAAACCAGGUGGUGGAGGACAACCACGGGGAGUCCUCCUGGAGCUGAUUGAGAGGGACUUUGGUUCACUCGAAGGGCUGCUGAAUGAAUUUAAGCAGGCUGCUCUUACUCAAUUUGGUUCUGGCUGGGCUUGGCUUGGAUGUCAGUAAUCCCUGAGACAUGUUUCAGUACCUACCUGCCCGAAGAUCCAGCCAAUGGAUUUAAAUGGUUGGAAUUGCUUGUGACCUCUCUGUUCUUUUCAGAUAAAGCGAACAGACUUGAUGUGGGAAAUGGUGUGAAUCCUCGCCCCUCAGAAAAAGAUAACAAGCUUGUUGUUCAGAAGUCUCCCAACGCUGUGAAUCCUCUCGUUUGGGACUACCAUGUGAGUUUCUUUCCAUACCAUACAUAAAUUCCCUGGCCUUAUCACGUCCUACUAGCGAAAUCGAAAUGCUCCUUCUUCCCAUAAACUCCCAAUGCUCUUGCUUGUUCAUGAUUGACCGCUAAAAAUCGAUUCUUUUUCUGCGAAAUCUUGCUUUGGUGGGCGUCCUAUGUUUCCUGCACGCAUGGUUCAGCUACACGAUGAUGGGUGUGCAAUUGGAUCUGCAUGGAUAAUUUUAUUCAUGAUGAUGGGUUUGCUCAUCUAAUGAUGGAGCAGAAGUCAACGAUAUGAUCAUCUGCCGGGCUGUUCUUUUGCGUUCUUAGUUUAGUGGAUUGGACUAUUAGGAAGCCAGGUGCUUGGCUAUGGAGGUCUCACUGGUGCUGAUUUUUUCCCUUUCUUGCAGCCUCUCCUCGUCGUCGACGUCUGGGAGGUAACCCCCAAUUCUCUGCUUCCUGUCUGUCUCUGUCCAUCUGUUCAUCCUGCCUGGUACAGGUUGUCAUCUAAUUCUGCCGUUGUUUGAUUUCCUCACGGGUCGGGUACAUUCAUUCUGCAGCACGCGUACUACGUGGACUACCAGGUGAGUGGAGCCUUCCGACAGAUUUGAUCUGCGGACUUCGAGGAUUCUUGAUCUUCUGUUCUUCGUCCUGAUGAUGCCCGGUGGGGGGGAAUUCAUGUCUGUCUGUCUGUCGUGCAGAAUAGGAGGCCCGAGUUCGUGUCCACCUUCAUCGAGAAGCUCAUCUCCUGGGACGCAGUCAGCGCGAGGCUGGAGGAGGCCAUCGCCCAAGCCGCCGCGAGGGCAGAGGAAGACGAGAGAAGAAGAGAGGAAGAAGACGGAGUGAUGGACGAUGGCGACGCCAUCGAGAUGUACCUGGACACUGAGAACGAGUCCGAGGCCGAGUGA